AUGUCUUUGGCGGAAAAGAGAUCUGGAGUUGAUAGUGAUGGUGAUGAUGAUGAGAUUGUGGAUAUAAGAGAGUUGGGAUUGGAAUUGGGAGCGGUGGAAUCUGAUGCAAUGGGAAGAUUGUCGUCGGAUGCUAUUGGGACGGAUAGUGUAGAAGUGGGUGAUGUUUGUGAAGCUCAGGAGCGGGGGAAUGCUGAAUUGUUUGUGGAGGUUGAUGGCAAAAAUCUGGAUGAAAAUCUGGAUAUUGAUGGCGAAUCAAAUGAUGACCCUACAACGAACGAUUCGGGCUACUAUCCUGACCAGGAUUCUGGUGUCAAAAACGACACUGAUGAGUUGAGAGAAGAGGCAUUUCGUGGGAACGAGGGAAACGAAAGUAUCGAAAUACAUGUUUCAGACGACUCGGAUGGCUACAAUGUCACUUUUGAUGGUGAUGUGGAUGUGGGCAAACAUAAUGAUGAGAUCCCCUUGGUGGAACGUGAAGAGAGUGAAGAAGAAGAAAGUUCGGACGAUUGCAAUUCAGAUUAUUCAGACUUCCUUUCUAGAUCUGAGAUCAAUGUUCCGCAGUUCGUACGAUGGCCAAUUGAAGAUCCCCAAGUCGCUGAAGAGAAAAUGGAGAGUGAGAAAAACAUGAACGCGACCACGGCCGAGGUUUUGAAUCCCGACUUGUGCAAAUUCUGUAGGGUGUUCUUCGAUACUUGGUCCGACGUCUAUAACUUAUUAUCCAAGACAUGUACGGAUGAUGUUAAUCUAGUAUCUGCGCAUCAUGAUACCGUGUCUGAUAUGGAAGCAUCGGCGUCUGGCGGAUGUUCUUUGUGUGCUCUUUUUUUGAGUAUACUAUACAGCAAGAGGGAUAAUUCCAAUUCUCGUGCUCAUGAGGGCGGCAAUCACUUGCCUCUUGAUCAACUGAAGCCCUACCGCAUGAGACUUACCAACGUUGGUCAAAUGCGCAGCGGCGAAAAUCGCCCUGAGAGACGAAAAUUGUGGUAUAUAUUGCUUGAUUUCCAGUGGGUCGACGAUGGUCGUCGGAGUGUAAUGUCGGCUCUUGCGAAACUGUUGCUUGAUGAUUUUUUUGAUUCUGAACAUUGGAAACCCGAGUAUUAUACUAAUAGAAGUUUUGAACAGAAUGGUUGGGAAAGCUUGCAAUUAGGCUGUACUAAAGAAUCUACAGACCUUGUGCGGGCAUGGCUUCGAGAAUGCCGUUUAAGUCACAGUGCUUGUAGACAACAACAAGAAGCUUCUGCUCUACCUACCAGACUGAUCAAAAUUGACUGUCAAGAGGUUCGUCUAUGUAUAUCUGCCAAUGAGAACUGCUCGCAGUACGCAACUUUAAGUCAUUGCUGGGGACAGGUGGAAGUGUUGCGACUCCAAAAGGAUAACCUACAAGCUUUUAUGAAAAAGAUUCCCCAUGACAAGCUAUGCAAAACUUUUCGCGAUGCGAUUGAUAUCGCGAGAGUCUUAGGUUUCUCAUGGCUAUGGAUUGAUUCAUUAUGCAUAAUACAAGGUGACCCCGAGGACUGGAGUAAAGAAGCUUCUCGAAUGGCUAUUGUUUAUGGACUUUCAAGUUUGAAUAUUGCAGCCACAGCUGCUCCCGAUGGUACCAUUGGUUGCCUGUUUGGACGAGAUCUGAGAAAAAUAGGAGCGCAUAAGGUCGAAGUGAACUCAAACCAUCAGAAGAAGGUCUGUAGCAUUGCAGACUGGCGGUUCUAUGCCAAUAAUAUCUCUGGCGCGGCCUUGACAAAACGCGCCUGGGCUGUACAAGAGCGAAUACUAGCCUCACGGACAUUACAUUUUACUAAAUCUCAAAUCUUUUGGGAAUGCAGAACUAAACAAGCUUGUGAGACUUUUCCUGAUACAUUACCGGAAGCUGUAUGUAACGACUACUUAUAUUUACCUAGGCAAGAACUCCAAUCAUGGAGCAAUAUCAUCAGAGUAUACACUAAUUGUUCCUUAACAAACGAGAGCGAUCGUUUGAUUGCAAUAGGUGGCGUGGCACGACAACUCCAGAAUAGAACUGGUGACAAGUACUUUGCAGGACUGUGGCAAUCUCGCAUUAAAGAGCAAAUGUGCUGGUAUAUGGACAAAAAUCUUGCAGAACCCUCAAGAGAAAGAACUUGUCAAGCCCCAUCCUGGUCAUGGGUUGCAGCAAAGGGAAGAGUCCAUAUGCCUGAUGAUAAAAAAGUGCUCCGCAAAUCAUUUAUUCACGUCACUAAUGUUAUGACAACUCUUGAAGACAAUGAUGAUCCAUUUGGAGGUGUCAAAAGCGGAACUUUAGAACUGCGCACAAAGUUUAUGACAUUUUGUGAGAGAGAAACACCAUUUGACCAGUAUGUUGGAAUACCACUUGGUAAAAUCUCAAUUAGUCCUUUUUAUAUCAAUUGGGAUCACAAAGAUUGUGGCCCGAAACGCUGCUGUAAUUCGAUUUUAAUACUACCUAUUGGUAUCUCGGAGGUAAUUGAUGCGAACGAUUGUCCGCAAAUUGAGGGGCUCUUGCUGAGACAUACCGAUCAAGAAAAUGGGCAAUAUGAGCGUCUAGGUGCUUUCACCAUCUUCGAAGGAAGAGCUGGAUACGAAUUAAUUUGUCGAGCCAUGAAUCUUGCCCAAGAUGAGCAAUUUGAGGAACUGGGUCUGCUGGAAGAUGACGGUACCCUCCCUUCCGAAAAGGAUUAUAUUUCCACUGAUGUGGGCGAAGAUGGAAUUACGUGGUAUACAAUUUCUAUUGUAUGA